AUGCAUUUAUUUUUAUAUGAAAGCAUCUUGGAGCACGUUACAAACCAGACAACAAUCAAGGAAUUUUGGAUUCUGGGAUUUCAGAACAUCCACAACAUUAAAAUUCUACUGUUUAUUUUGUUUCUUAUAAGUUUUAUUUUAACAUUAUCUGCUAAUUUCACAGUCAUAUUACUGAUCUCCUUAAGUCACCAUAUCAAGGCUCCGAUGUACUUCUUCCUCAGCCACCUGUCUUUUAAUGACAUUCUUCUCUCCACAACCAUCGUACCUGAAAUGCUCCACAUUAUAUUGAGGGAAGGAAGUUCUAUUUCUCUGUCUGGAUGCUUUAUUCAGUUUUGUUUGUUUUCUGCAUCUGGAGCCAAUGAGUGUCUCCUCCUCACUGCGAUGUCCUACGAUCGAUAUUUGGCCAUCUGUAACCCAUUGCGUUAUUCCUCCAUUAUGGACCUUAGACUUUGUAUUCUUCUUGUAAGUUCCUCUUGGGCAUGUGGAGUACUUAUUGUUUUAUCACAUAUUGUUCUUUUGCAGAAGAUGAUAUUUUGUGGGUCAAAUAUAAUUAACCAUUUUUAUUGUGACCUUCCUCCACUUCUUAGACUUUCAUGCUCAGACACAUCAGCUAAUGAAAUAGUUGUUGCUAUAGGCUCAAUCCCAAUAUUAUUUCUGCCAUUAAUUUUUAUCUCUGUAACUUAUAUAAACAUCAUUGUCGCCAUCCUCCGGAUCUCAACCUCAACUGGAAGACAAAAAGCCUUCUCCACCUGCAGCUCCCACCUGACCGUGGUCUGUAUGUAUUACGGGACGUUGGUGUUUAACUAUGUGAUUCCAUCUAAAGAACAGUACUUAGGUUUACAAAAAAUGGUUUCUGUGUGUUACACUAUUGUGUCGCCACUGUUAAAUCCUGUUAUAUACAGUCUACGGAAUGAGCAGAUUAAAACGACAAUAACAAAACUUGCAUUCAAAAAAUAUAUAUAA